AAUCGGACAACAUACUGAUUUCUUAUCCCCCGCCCCGCGUCGAAAGCUGUCCUAAUAGGGCGCUGUGCUAUAUAUACAGAGAGUUGCACCCACAAAUAUCAUUCAUUUACAUACAGAGACCAUCUCUUUAUUCCUUCUUUUCAAUCCAAGUUUACCUUAAGGUAAAAAUGAGUGAUGAGGUAUCACAACAAAGACGCGCCCCUCGUUUGAAUGAGAGGAUCCUCUCAUCAUUGUCGAGGAGAUCUGUUGCUGCUCACCCUUGGCACGAUCUCGAGAUAGGACCUGAAGCUCCAAAGGUUUUCAAUGUUGUCAUUGAGAUAUCGAAAGGCAGUAAAGUCAAAUACGAGCUUGACAAGAAAACUGGACUCAUUAAGGUUGAUCGUGUCCUAUACUCAUCAAUGGUGUACCCACAGAACUAUGGCUUCAUUCCUCGGACGCUAUGUGAAGAUAAUGACCCCAUGGAUGUACUAGUCCUCAUGCAGGAGCCUGUCCUUCCAGGUUGUUUCCUUCGAGCUAGGGCCAUAGGUUUGAUGCCUAUGAUUGAUCAGGGUGAGAAGGAUGAUAAGAUAAUAGCAGUGUGUGCUGAUGAUCCAGAAUAUCGCCACUACACUGAUAUAAACCAGCUUGCUCCUCACCGGCUGGCAGAAAUCCGCCGCUUUUUUGAAGAUUACAAGAAGCUUGAGAACAAGGAGGUUGCUGUUAACGAGUUCCUGCCUCCAAGUACUGCUGUCCAAGCCAUCCAAUACUCAAUGGACCUUUAUGCCGAAUACAUAUUACAGACAUUGAGAAAGUAAUUAGAUGCUUCUGUGGAGCACUCUACCAAAGUAUUUACUGGUAUUAUCGGAAGUGAAAUACUUCUGCAAGUCAUUUAAAUGAUCUAGCACCGUGGCAGCUUGUUGAAGAUCACGUUAUGCUGCAGCUUGAUUGUUAUGUUUUUCUUUGAAUUUAUUUUUGGCAGUCUUGUCGGGAGGGGGUUAAAUAUCACUUAUAGCAGAAUCAAUACAUUCAAUUCGGGACAUCAAUCAAAGUUUGUAUUUCUUGCUA